AUUUGUGGUUUCGUGUUUGUGUUCGUAUUUGUUUAUGGUUUGUGAUGGAUAAGGAGCCUAUGUUGUUAUGAAAAUUUUGCUCGAUAUUUUGCACAAUGUCGAAGAAAGUAGUGUCGUACUUUUACAAUCCAGAUGUGGGCAAUUUCCAUUAUGGACCAGGACAUCCUAUGAAACCACACAGACUUUCUGUUAUUCACAGUCUUGUUCUGAAUUAUGGACUUUAUAAAAAAAUGCAGAUUUAUAGACCGUACCGCGCGUCAGCACAUGACAUGUGUAGAUUUCAUUCUGAUGAAUACAUAGACUUUCUCCAGCGUGUGACACCACAAAAUUUGCAGGGCUACACGAAAUAUUUAAGUCACUUUAAUGUUGGUGAUGACUGUCCAGUUUUCGAAGGACUGUUUGACUUUUGCUCAAUGUAUACAGGAGCUUCAUUGGAGGGUGCAAUGAAGCUGAAUAACAACUGCUGCGAUAUAGCAAUAAACUGGUCUGGUGGUUUGCAUCAUGCCAAAAAAUUUGAAGCUUCAGGUUUUUGUUAUGUGAAUGACAUUGUAAUAGCAAUCUUAGAACUUCUGAAGUAUCAUGCUCGUGUAUUGUACAUAGAUAUUGACGUUCAUCAUGGGGACGGCGUGCAGGAAGCGUUUUACUUGACAGAUAGAGUGAUGACAGUUUCGUUUCACAAAUAUGGAAAUUAUUUUUUUCCUGGCACUGGUGAUAUGUACGAAAUAGGAGCUGAAAGUGGUCGUUAUUAUUCCGUGAAUGUACCCUUAAAGGAGGGUAUCGAUGACUCGAGUUAUUUUCAAGUGUUCAAACCUGUUAUAUCAAGUGUAAUGGAAUUCUACCAACCUACUGCCAUAGUUUUACAAUGCGGUGCAGACUCUCUUGCAAAUGAUCGCCUUGGAUGCUUCAGCUUAAGCACGAAAGGUCAUGGUGAAUGUGUAAAAUUUGUGAGGGAUUUAAAUGUACCUCUUUUGGCAGUUGGAGGAGGGGGCUAUACAUUAAGAAAUGUUGCUAGAUGUUGGACGUAUGAAACAUCACUCCUCGUAGAUGAACAAAUUAGUAAUGAACUACCAUAUACUGAAUACUUAGAGUACUUUGCUCCUGAUUUUACAUUGCAUCCAGAGGUUGUUACCCGACAAGAUAAUGCAAAUAGCAAGCAGUAUUUAGAAACAAUAACAAAACAUGUGUAUGAUAAUUUGAAAAUGUGUCAGCAUUCUCCCAGUGUGCAAAUGCAUGAUGUUCCAGGAGAUGCCUUUCCAUCCCAAGAUGAAGUUGGACAUGAUGAACCAGAUCCUGAUGUGCGAGUAAGUCAAGCAGAAGAGGAUCGGAGAAUUGAGCAAAAAAAUGAAUUUUAUGAUGGAGAUGAGGAUCAAGAUAAGGAGAAUUUAGGUCCAUGAGAUUCCUGAUCAGGAGAUAUAUGCAUGUAGGAUCAACUUUUUAUAAGAGUGAUCAUCAUACAAACUUAGAUGACUGUGGAGAUUGAGACUGUUAAGGAGGAUGUAUAAGGGAUUCCCAGUGAAAUUUAUGCACUACAGUCAAAACAACCUCAGCAACAUGUGGGCGGGCAUUAAUCUACAACAGAAUGACGCUAUCAAUCAGCAUUCUUUGGUAUUUGGACUUGAUGGUGCAUUUCAGUUUUUGCAAAGUGUCCACAUACCAAUGUGUGUUAAUCGUGGCACAGUGUCAAAGUCAAUAAGCAGAAAUUCAGUAAGCAAUGGGGCCUUGCAGUCAAACAAAAAUGUAAUAAUGAUUUUCUCAGAGAUGGCGUGCACAGCUUUGGCCUUUUUCGGAGGGGGCAAAUCUGUGUGCUUCCAUUGCUGAAAGUUGCUUUCUGGCUCAGAAUGGUGACUCAAUGUUUCAUCUUCCACAGCAAUACGGGAUGUGAAAUGAUGGACUUCAUCGUGAUACCAUUUCAGAUGCUGCAGUGAUGUUGACAUUAUGUUAAGACUUCUGCUCCUCCAUCAAGUAGUGGGGAACUCACAGUGCAAAGAUUUUCCAGAACUUCAGAUGCUCUGCACGAUGGCACGAGCAGUACCGUGACUGGUGCCAAACGUGAGCUGAGUGUCUUCCAUAGUCUGCAGUCGGUCAUUUGUGAUGGCAACACCCACUGCAGUAGUGACACGAUGAACCUGACCCGGCCAACAGCUGUCUUUCAGUGAUGCCUGACCACCUCAAAAUUGAUUAUUCAAUGCUAACACGUGCACAUGCGACAUACCGAGUUCGCCGUACGCAGCAGACAUUCGGUAUUCAGCUGCUGUUUUCACCCAGCACGCACUUCAAACAAAGCAUUUACAGUAGAACCUCGUUAAUCCGGCCUCGGAUGAUCCGACUCUCCACUUAGUCUGACCACACCAUUUCUGAUGUCCGCUUACAUGCACAGGCUGCUGCUACAGUUAGGAGUGGACUUUUCGUCCGUGACUCAUUGUAAGCGAUUCGAAAUUGAGCCCAGUGACACGAGUGAGUGGACCAGCACAGCUGACGCUGACUGCACAACGGAAGCAGAAUCAACUGACGACAAACUCACUGAUGCUGCGACUCGAACAACCAAUGUGAAUGAGAAAGAAGAUGAAAACAACAAAGACAGUGAACAUAUGGCUUGAGUAUCACACAUAGAUGCUAAAAAUGCAUUUGAUAUAGCCCUUCAAUACAUUGAACAAAGAUCUACGUUUCCCUCAACAGACAUUAGGUAAGGCUGGAAUGUCGUAAAAAAUCUAGGUUGUCAUCUGCUAAUCUAAAGUCUUUUGUCGUUCUGCUUAACAACA